AUGGCGACCCCUUCCGACCCCCCGACCCCGCGCGACGGCUUCCGACAUUCACACACACAUUGCUACGAAGACGCUACAGUCCAAAUUGCUGUCGACGAGUCUCUGCUCAAAAAGUCCUUGCACUAUUUCGUCACCAGGUUCGAGGGACCCUGGCUUGAAGCAACGGCAGACGGCGUGAUCCGAUUGAGAGAUAUCACGAAGCAAGACUUUACGCUAUUCCUGGACGUCAUCUACGAACCGCUCAGCGACAUGUCGUUCCUACGCGUGCCGCAGGCAUUCGCUCUGUUCUUUAUUUCCGAGUAUUUCCAAGCGCACGAGUUCCGCGACGCAGCACGCGCAGUGCUCGAGAGACGACCAAAACACUGGGGCAACAUCCGAGACUUCAUGGAAGCACUCAGCAAGCACCCCUCCGACAAACGGUUUGAAAGACUCCGCGCCGAGUGCGUCACAUUCCUCAUAUCCGCCAUGGACACACAGUGCGUCCAGGUCCUGUUCUACGCCGAGGCCUAUGGGUUCGACGAGCUGCUGGCGGACGACUUCACGUACCUGUGGCCGCAUGAUGCAUAUCAUGAUCCCUACUUCCGCAUGCUGUCCCCAGGCCUGCAGAUUCGCGUGUUUUUCGAUAUUGUGCAGGCUGCGUCGAAAUGCACGGACGAGUGCCAUUGCGCUGGGUGCCCGGUGUUGAAUUCUCCUGCGUUGUGGAGCGACUGA